UGCCUCGACAGUAUUUUCUCUGGCUGGCACGUUGGUUGCCCGACAGAAGCAUGUUCAGCAGAGCCCAGUCAACAAUCGUUCACCCCAUCCCUUACACCGGUCCAUCACCGUGGCGUUUUGGAAGUGUCAUCUUUCUCGGCUUCUUCCUCAAACUCUUGGGAAUUCUCUUCGUCUUCUUCGGUUUCAACAUCAUCACCCCUGAACUGCGACUCGUUGGAUUCGUCCUCAUCCCACUGGGUAUCUUCAUCUUCACCGGAGGCAUCCUGUGGGGAGCCAUGGAAGGCUGGAAGUAUCGAGCAACCAUUAUGACCAUCCACGCCUGGGAUCCUCUGGCAACAACGGGGAUGUUCCUGCACGGCGGAAACACAUCUUCUGUAACUGUGGUGGAAGACAGCAGGGAAGGGGUACACUCCGCCUCACCCGUUGAGCCAAACAGCCCCCUGGUGGGUCUACAACCGGUCAACUUUACGAAACAGGGUGCAAUUCAGUUGUACGCGACGUGAUACGAGCACGUCCGCAUUGUUUGGAAUCUGCGUCAAUGAACGUUUGUGCCACAGCUAAGACAAUGGAUGUGGAUACCAGUGUGUCAGUCUUGCAACGACGGCAACGAAUGCUCACGAUUAGAACUACCAGUUGAUUAAAACAAUAGAUGUUCA